AUGCUGAACUGCCUUCCAAGACUUAGAUGUAUUUCUUUCUUGUAUUCUUUUCCCGAAUUGUCCAACAAUAUAAAGCAAAUUCAUGCCCAGUUAAUUACUAAUGGUCUGAAAUCUCCCACUUUCUUGGCCAAGUUAAUUGAGCAUUAUUGUGGCUCACCAGACCUGCACAUUGCUAAUAAUGCACGUUUAGUGUUCCAGUACUUUGACAAGCCAGACCUGUUUCUCUUUAAUACUUUGAUACGAUGUGUUCAACCCAAUGAUUCUAUUCUUAUUUUCCGAGAUGAGUUUUCUAGGGGACUCAUGUUUUUUGAUGAUUACACCUACAAUUUUGUUCUUGGAGCCUGUGCUCGCUAUCCGUCAGCUUCAACAUUGUGGGUAGGUAGACAACUACAUGCCCUGAUAGUAAAACAUGGGGUUGGGUCAAAUAUUUUGGUCCGAACUACCAAAAUAUACUAUUAUUCGAGAAACAAAGAUAUUAUCUCAGCCCGUCAAGUGUUUGAUGAAAUGAUGAUGAGAAGCAGUGUUACCUGGAAUGCUAUGAUAACAGGUUAUUCCUCCAUGAAAGAAGAGAACAAGAAAUAUGCUGUCAAUGCGUUGUCAUUGUUCAAUGACAUGUUAGCUGAUGAUAGUGGAAUUAAACCAACAGAUACAACCGUUGUUGCUGUGCUUUCAGCAGUUUCUCAAAUGGGUUUGCUGGAAACUGGUGCUUGCAUACAUGCACUUGCAGAAAAGACUGUGUGUACUCCUGAAGAUGAUGUGUUUAUUGGGACUGGGCUCGUUGAUAUGUACUCAAAAUGUGGAUGCCUUGAUAGUGCCUUGUCUGUUUUCUGGCGAAUGAACCAGAAGAAUAUCUUGACUUGGACAGCAAUGACUACUGGCCUAGCCAUCCAUGGGAAAGGGAAACAAGCAUUGGAGAUUUUAUAUAAAAUGGGAGAUUAUGGAGUGAAGCCAAAUGAAGCAACUUUUACUAGCUUUUUGUCAGCUUGUUGUCAUGGUGGGCUUAUCGAAGAAGGCCUUCAAUUGUUCCAUGAAAUGAAGAGAACAUUUAGUGUGACACCUCAGAUACAACAUUAUGGGUGCAUUGUAGACCUUCUUGGCCGUGCUGGAAAGUUAAAAGAAGCCUAUGAAUUUAUCAUGUGGAUGCCAAUUAAUCCUGAUGUUGUAACAUGGAGGAGCCUGCUAGGUGCAUGCAAGAUUCAUGGGGAUGUUGUCAUGGGAGAGAAAGUGGGGAAGUUUCUUCUCCAAUUAGAAGAAUGCAGUCGUCCAGAGUUGGCUUCAAAGAGCGAGGACUAUGUAGCUCUAUCAAAUGUUUAUGCUUUAGCGGAAAGGUGGGUCGAUGUUGAAGCUGUAAGGAAACAAAUGAAAGCUAAGAGUAUCUUGAAUAAAGCUGGUUCUAGCGCUGUUCAAACUGUCAAAAUGGCUAUAUUGUAA